AUGUCUGACAGAGUUUUCCCUUCUUCCAAACCCGCCACCAAUGGCACCACCGCACCCGCCACCAAGCCACCCCUUCGCCAUCCAUACCGUUCGCAACCCCACCACCGACGACACCGUACCCACCGCAACUACUGUUGUUGUUGCUGCUUUUGGACCAUUCUCAUCCUCCUUAUCCUCGCUCUAAUUAUAGCAAUUGCUGGCACUGCUCUUUAUGUCCUCUACCGCCCUCAACGCCCCGCUUUCUCCAUCCCUUCACUCCGUGUCCACCGACUCAAUCUCACCACCACCUCCGACUCCUCCUCUAAUCAUCUCUCUACUCUCUUCAACUUCACUGUCACCUCCAAAAAUCCUAACUCCCAUCUCACUUACUUUUAUGAACCAUUUGAUAUCUCAUUUUUUUCAUCCAACGACGUCUUCUUGGGUAACGGUACUAUACCUGCUUUCACAUCCCCGACUAAAAACCAAACGGUUUUCAAGAACGUUAUCGUUUCUGGGUCGAAUGAGCUUGAUACGGAUUCUGUAACUUCAUUGAAAUCGGAUCUGAAGAAAAAGAGUGGGGUUCCUUUGAAAAUCGUGCUGGACACUAAAGUGAAAGUGAAAGCAGGGAAGCUGAACAGCAAGAAGAUUGGAAUCAGAGUUACGUGUGAGGAGUUCAAAGGGGUAGUACCGAAAGGUAAGUCGCCAUCGGUGGCUACUUCUAAUAAAUCUAAGUGUAAGGUUGAUCUUCGAAUCAAGAUCUGGAAAUGGACUUUCUAG